UUUUAAAUUUGGAAGAUUAGAGAGAGGUAUGAGAAUAUUUCAUUUUUGAAUGAGAGCCAAUUUCUAUCCCUUAAAUAAAAUUUUCUCAACCGCCAUGGUUAACAAUUCUCAGAGAAAAUGUAGAUGAAAUAGGGGAUUAUUUUGCUCGAAACCCAUUAAUUUCAUCCGGUACUAAACAGCUCUGUACAACUAGGCAUGCCGUUUCUUUAAGAAUUUUCAGGUGGUAAUAAGCUAUUGGUUUAUUUCUGAUCUACCAGUUGGUGCCAUUGUAUAAGAAUACAAGUAUCGGCUAUGAACAAUUGUUGGUUCCUCUUUUAGUGGGACUUUUAUUGCCUUGGCCAUCCUUAUUGUGGAAAAUCAGAAGACGAGCAUGUGUUUGGCAUGAUAUUAUGUCCAUGGAACGUAGAUAUGACAUUGAGAGCAGGCCCUGAAUGCAUUGGGCUUUCUUUUAUGUUUUUGCAUGUUCCGGAACUACCCCUUAACUGAAACUGAAAAUCUCUGGUGCCAGAUUGUUUCAUAACUUUUUGAUAGUUGGUGCCACUCUACGUGGUCGCAUUUGUUUCGCCAGAUUUGAUUCUCUGCAUGGCCAUUUAUGAGUUUUCGAAACGUGGGUUAUUGUGGACAAGGCUGCUUGAAAGCUGUUUCAACAAGAAACGGGACCAUUCUUCAACAUCACAAAAUUUUACCUAUAGCUUUCUAGUUGCUACCAUGAAUUUCCUUUUGCCUAGAGACGAUUCUGAGGAGCAUGCAGGUACUAAAACAUGCUUCUAUUGCAACAAAGUUUUUAGCAGCCAUCGAGCUUUAGGUGGCCACCUUAGGAUUCAUCAAGAUGGUAGGAUUUUGAGGGCCCUGAAUUACCCUGGUGGUUCCAGUAGUUCGGUGAACAAUACCGGGAAUCCUCCUGCAUCCCUACCAAACAGCCAACUGAACUCCUUUGCCAGUUUUAACAGCCUGAGUGCGAUCACUUCUAAUUCUGUGAACAAUUCUGGGAACCCUCCUGCAUCCCUACCGAACAGCCAACCGAACUCCUCUUCCAGUUUUAACAGCCCAACCCAGUUCAGUACUAGUUCUGUGAACAAUUCUGGGAACUCUCCUGCAUCCCUACCGAACAACCAACUGAACUCUACUGCUUUUAACAGCCUGACUCUGCUCCCUGCAGCACACCUGGCAUGUGACUUCUCUUGGAUGAUCUACUUGAAUGAAACGAACCAGGUAAGUAGGAGCCAGUUCAUUGGCGGCUAUUCCGGAGUUCCUCUAAUUCCGGUUAUCUUGUCUCCUGACUUCUCCUAUGGCUACAGUUAUGGUGCAACUUAUCACCAUAACAGUCUUGCUUCACGAGCAUUUGCUCCUGUUGGCAGCAAUGUGGACUUCCCGUAUGUCUGCAGUUCUUGUGCAGCUUAUUACCAUAACAUUUUGGCUUCGAGAGCAUUUGUUCCAGUUGGCAUGAUCGCAGCCAUGCCUUCUGCUGCAUUUGCUUUGUUCGGUAGUGUUGUAGCCCGUGGUUUUCUUGUAGAUUCUUCUUUAUUUUUGGGUUCAAAUGGAGUUCGUCAGUUUAAUACCAAUGAAUUUCAGAUUAGCCAGGUUACUCUGUCACCAUCCUUCGGAAACGCCUUGCCAAACAUUCAAGCUCAAAAUGCUGGUCCUCCAAGCGCAGGUUCAGCUAAUGUUGGUCGAUCUGAGAGGAGAAGUUCGGGUAAGAGGUCCCGUGAAGCUGACAGAUCCAGGAAUGCUGAGACUUCAAAUGCAUCAAGAAGGCCCAGGAUUGCUCCCAACGAACAUGUGGAACCGGAGAAUUGUCCUAAAAAAGAGCUUCAACUCUUCGUGGAUGUUGUUGUUCCAAGUUCUUCAUCCGAAGCUAGUUCCAGUGCCGAGGAGGAAGAUCUGGUAGAUAUGGAUUUGUCUCUCCAUCUCUAGGCUUGUGUGUUUUCUCCCCAUGAUAAACAAGCAAUAGUAGUAUAAAAUAAAGUAGUCUCAUAUCCUCCCCACCCCACCCCACCCAAAGAAAAGAAAAGAAAAAGCCGCGUAUAUGUAAUGGUACUAUGCAUCAUCGAACUGUAUGCAUUUUUCUUGUUAAGUUGGAACUUGUUUUUACAAUUGCUUUUUCUAGAAUCAUAUAGACAUGAGAGAGGGGAAACAAUCAGAACCGGAAACCCUUUCCGGACUUAGCUCCGAACGUAGAUGCAACAAAACAAGCUUAGAUAGAUGUUUAACUUUUAACAUUAUCACCUAUAGUUACCGACUUAUCCUUUCAUAUCGGAA